AUGGCACAAGAACUAAAUUUAGAUGUGGAUGGCUGUAGUUUCUAUUGGAUGGAUUAUCUGAGUGAUAAUAUAGGGAGGAGAGAGAUUAAAACUGAUGCAGAUGCUUUAGAAAUGGCCUUAAUUGUUCAGUUGCAUGGUGAAGUGAAUGUCACUGCAAAAGAAUUUGAUGAUAAGGACCAGGAUGAUAAUCAAAUCCUAGAUAAGAAUGAAGUUUGUAUGGACCAGGACCAAGAACAGGAUGAAGAUCAAAGCAUGGAUCCAGAUGUAGAGCAUAAUGAGGACAAUGUUGAUGUUGAACCUGACAGUGAUCUGUAUGACUCAGAUUAUAGUCUUAGUGGUGAGGAAAAUGAUGUACAUGAGGUUAGUGGUGAUGGGCAUGGUGCUGGGUUAGGUGCUAGAUCAGUGGACAAUAUUGUAGAAGGGCCUGCAAGAGAUGGGGAUGACUAUGAGAUUGAGUAUGGGGGCUUCAGAAGAACUGCAUUCUUGUUCUUCAACAGAUGA